AUGGUGACCGUGCUCGGGAUGCCAGGGCAGGCUGGCGGCGAGUGCGCAGAGCUGCUAUCCUUCAAAGGCCACAAGGGCUGGGUCGGGAACGUCCAAUUCGCAGGCGACCAGCGGCUGCUCAGCGCCGCAAACGACGGGCAGCUGGUGCUGUGGGACCUCUCCAAGGCGCGCGGCGGGCGGCCUCGGCUGAUCUCGCAGCUGGAGCCGCAGAGCGGUGGCAUCUUUGCGAUGCACGAGGCGGGCGGGAGGGUGCUGACAGCCUCCAAAGACGGCACCGUCGCGCUCAGCAUGCUGGCGGACGACUGCCUCCGCCCGGGGGCCUCGUGGGACGAGCUGCACAGCGGCGUCAUCAAGUCAGUCUGCUGGCGCGACGGCAACGUCUUCGCCUCCGCAGGCCGCGGAGGCAAUCUGCGGGUGGUGGACCCGCGAGCGGGCGACCCGUCGGCAGGGCUCCUCCUCUCGGCUGGCUACGACCUGCAGAUCAAGCUGUGGGACGCUCGCGCGCCGUCGCGGCCGCUGCACACCUUGCAGGGACACGUGGCACCCCGGGUGGCGAGGCAGAAGGGGAUCUUCCAGCCGCAGUUCUGUGCGGGCGGGCGGUACGUCGUCGCCUCGGGCGAGGGCAGCGAGGCCCUCUCCCUCUACAGCGCCGAGAGCGGCGCCACGCUCAGCCGGGGCAGAAUCGGGUGUACCGCAUCCACGCUCUCCUGUGUGAGUGUCCUCUUGUGGCCUAACUCGGCUACUGCCGCCGCUGCGGCGUAG